AUGGAUCGAAGUUGGAUAUGGAUGUCCAAGCCAGGGGUCGAAGAGUAUAAUGUUGGGAUUAGAGAAUUUAUAACUUUUGCUAUGGGAAAUAGUGGAGGUCAAUCUAAGUUACGGUGCCCUUGCUUUAUGUACCAUAAUCUUAUGCAUCAGAGAGUUGACCAGAUACUCAAUCAUUUGGAAAAAUGGACAUUUUAUAGAACAUAUACGCGUUGGAUUUGGCACGGAGAAUCUAGGGAAGAAACUUCAGCUUAUACUUCUAAACAUAUGGAAUAUGAAAUGGAGGAUAAUUUUAAUGAGGGCAAUGGGAUAGAGGACUUUUUGUCGCGUGUAAAUGAGGAUGAUUACAAUGGGGAUCAUAUUGCAUUCGAGAGGUUGGUAAGUGAUUCUGAGCAGCCAUUAUACCCAGGCUGCAAAGACACGAGAUUAUCGGGUGUGCUUAAGUUGCAUAAUUUAAAAGCUAGUGGUGGUUGGCCUAAUGCAAGUUUUAGUUCUCUUCUUGAAUUGAUGAAAGACAUGUUUCCGGAGGAAAAUGUCCUCCCAAGUAGUACAUAUGAGGCAAAAAAGGUAUUAGGCUCAAUGGGCUUGCCUUAUGAGAAAUUUCAUGCUUGCACUAACGAUUGCAUGUUACAUCGUAAUGAAAGUGAAUUGUUAGAGAGUUGUUCUGUUUGCAAUGCCUCACGAUACAAGAAGAAAGAAGUGCCGGCUAAGGUAUUAUGGUAUUUUCCAAUAAUACCAAGGUUUAGACAACUGUUUUCAUAUCCAAAUACCGCUGAGCAAUUGACAUGGCACCAUUAUGGACGUAAAAAGGAUGGAAAACUUAGACACCCAGCUGACUCACCCCAAUGGAGCUUUAUAGAUGGUAAAUUUCCCGAGUUUUGUAAAGAAAAACGGAACCUACGUCUUGCAUUGUCUACUGAUGGUAUGAAUCCAUUUGGUUCCCUUAGUAGCACCCAUAGUACUUGGCCUGUGAUUUUGGUGACUUACGACUUGCCUCCUAAUUUGUGUAUGAAAAGAAAGUACAUGAUGCUUACUCUAUUGAUAUCUGGGCCAAAACAACCCGGAAAUAACAUUGACGUGUACUUGGAACUUCUUAUUGAUGAUUUGAACAUUCUAUGGGAACAAGGUGUGGAAGUGUUCGAUUCUUAUCAAAAGGAAAAGUUCACUUUAAGAGCAAUGUUGUUUUGCACUAUGUAA